AUGAGUAACACAGAGAUACCGUCUGGCCUGACGGAGCUGCUGCAGGGCUACACCGUGGAGGUGCUUCGACGCAGGCCGGCAAACUUGGUGGAAUUUGCCGUGCAGCAUUUUACACAAAUUCUAGAGGGUCAGAAAAACGACCUAAAAAACAAGAAACGUAGCAACAGAUCUUCACUGAAAGGAGUGACCUUUGAAACAAAGUCCAAUAAGCCCAAAAAGGAGGAUGAAGAGGAGAAAGAGCCUUGUGAUUCAUCCGUCUCUGUCUUCCUCUCGGCAGAGUCCACCACCGCUAAAUACAACCGCAGAGUUUCAGUCUGUGCAGAAGCGUACAACCCUGACGACGAUGAGGACGAUGAUGCUGAGCCUCGGGUCGUGCAUCCCAAAACAGACGAGCAGCGGCACAGACUCCAGGAUGCCUGCAAAGACAUCUUACUGUUCAAAACCCUGGAGCAGGGGCAGUUCUCUGAGGUUUUGGACGGCAUGUUCGAGGUGUUGGUCAAACCUCAGGAUCACAUCAUAGACCAGGGAGACGAUGGAGACAACUUCUAUGUCAUAGAGAAGGGUGUGUAUGAUAUUUUCGUGCAGAAGGACGGAGUGAGCAUUUGUGUUGGAAAGUAUGACAAUAAGGGCAGUUUUGGUGAGCUGGCUCUCAUGUACAACACGCCGCGAGCUGCCACCAUCACUGCAACUCAGGAAGGAGCCCUGUGGGGCCUGGAUCGAGCCACAUUUCAUAGGCUGAUUCUCAGAAAUAAUGCGAAGAAGAGGAGGGUGUACGAGGCCUUCAUCGAGUGCGUUCCUCUUCUCAAGUCUCUUGAGCUCUCUGAGAGGAUGCAGAUUGUGGAUGUUUUGGGAGUGCGAGUGUUCAAAGAUGGAGAGUGCGUAUUAAUGCAGGGGGACGAGGCCGACUGUUUCUACAUUGUGGAAUCAGGAGAGGUGAAGAUAAUGAUAAAAAGCAAAACAAAGGCGGGCCAGCCGGAUAACACAGAGGUGGAGGUGGCACGCUGCUCUAAAGGACAGUACUUUGGGGAGUUGGCACUGGUCACCAACAAACCCCGCGCAGCGUCAGUUUACGCUGUGGGAGAAACCAAAUGUUUAGUAAUUGACAUCCAGGCUUUUGAGCGUUUGCUGGGACCCUGCAUGGACAUCAUGAAGAGGAACAUUUCCCAGUAUGAAGAACAGCGUGUGGCACUUUUGGGGUCACGUGUGGAUUUGAAACACUAAGACAAUCAUAAAGUAGUGUAUAAGAACUUAGUGAACUCCUGCUUGGGGUAGAUGUACAGUACUCCUUUAACAUUGUCCGACACACACUUAAAUGUGAAAAUCCAUCUAAAAGGUCAAGGUUUUAUAAAAUAAGCUACAGAUCCAUAACAUUAAAUACAUUUUUCAUUUGUAAACAAUUUAUAUGAAAUUGAGGCACACUUUUAUUACCACUUUAGUAUCAAAAUGAUAUGCAAAAUAAGAAAUGUGAGAAUUGUUCACCUACACAGAAUUCAUGUUCAUUUGCCCUUAUUGUGCUCGUCGAUCCCCAAUUCAUUUAAAGACAAUUGAAAUUAGCAAACUAUUCACAACCCCUUCUGCUGUUUACUCAAACCGUUUUGUAUUGGAUGACAUUUGUAACCUAGUUUUUAAAUAACAUCUUGAGUAAGGAGUGAAAUUGCAAAAUGACAAACAUGUAAAAAAAUAAAGGAUUACAUCUUAAUUUUUCAAGUUUUUUGGAGUUUGUUUUAUUUGAGUUACAAAAUAUGAAGUGCCAUCAGCAGACUCUACAGGAGAGUUUGCCAACCUUCUUGUGUUACAAGUAUUUACACCCAAAAAUCAAGGAUAUCCAUCUACAUUUCCACACUUUGCUUUCUGUUUGUCCCAGAGUUUCAAGUCUCUGUUAAGUUCCAUUGUCAAAGUUUAAAUAUUUAAAAUAUUUACAAAGUCCUGUAUUCAAAAACUCCCAAAUGAUAAGGUAGCUUGUUCGAUGCAAAGGCCGGCGCCAGAAGUGAAACUGCGACGAUGGUGAGAAAAAUGAGCUGGUUGAAUUAGAGGAGCUGUUAAACAAACGUGGUCCUACAGGGUCUCCAUAAGUCAAUUGUUCCUCUCAAAGAAAGCCGGGCGAGGAAGUCUGUACACAAUUAUUUAAAAUUACAUUUUUGAAAUGUCUCUUGCCAUCGCGGAGCAACAGCCUCCAUGAUCCACACUUGUGAAGAAAUUAAUGACAAUCAAUAAAAGACAGUAAAGAAAAAAGGCCACCCAGAUAGUCACUCAAUGUUGUUCAUCAAACAUCCUGAUUCUUUUUCAGAGCAUCUCUGAACAUUAAAAUAAAACUCCAAUAAA